AUGUCAUCAUCAAAUACAAUUAAAUCAACAGACAAGAAGCAGUGCUAUCCUACCAACUCUGUACAGUCGGAGACGAAUUCGUUUGAAAGAGGUGAUAUCGGAAACACAACGCUCGAUGAGGUCGACAAGGAAGCCAGUUUCGUGUUCAAGGACUUUGAGAACAACACUGGCUGGUCGUCAGCUGGUAUUGCCUUCAUUGUUGGUUUAAUCAACCCAGCCUGGUCGUUCUCUUGUCUCGACUGUGCCACCCACACGGCAGAAGAGAUCGUCGAGCCAGAACGUUGGAUUCCUGUUUCCAUCUUGUCGACAGUUGCUAUUAGAUUUGCCACACCGUUCUGUUAUGCGAUUUCCAUGUUCUUCUGCAUUAGAAACUUGGAUGCUAUUCUAAGUUCCACCACAAGAGUUCCAAUCUUGGAUAUCUUCUAUCAAGCGUUAGGUAACAAACAUGGUGCCCUGUGUCUUGCUUCUGACAACAUCAAGCACGAUCCUUUCUGGAUGGCUGUUGUACUUGUUGCCAUGAUUCUCUAUGCGCUCAUAUACACGUUUGCUGAGGAUCACCCAAAGAUUCGAACUGUUAUAGCUGUAUACUGUCAAUACUUGAUUCAGUUGCGUAACACUUCAACUGGUGUAGCCCUGUUGCUGAAUUUUCCAAAAAUGUACUAA